CCCUCUCCAUCUCUCUGACCUCCUCACAAACAGUUGGCCCAACCACCAUCAAUAUCAUUCCUACUAUGACAACACAGGUGUUCUCUGCUAGUCAAGCACACAACGAACAGGUCUGCAGCACAUGGGGUAAUUACCAUUUCAAGACAUUUGAUGGAGACGUCUUCCAACUUCCGUCCAGCUGCAACUACAUCCUGGCCUCUCAGUGUAAGAGCAGCUAUGAGGAUUUCAACAUCCAAAUAAGGCGGAAGUUGGAGAACGGCCUGCCAACCAUCAGCAAGGUCACCAUGAUUUUGGAGGGUGCCAGAGUUGAGCUGACCACAGGCACUGUCAGUGUUUCGGACCAAAUUGUGACACUGCCAUAUGGGAAUUCAGGGAUUGUCAUCGAGAGAACAUCUUCUUACAUCAAAGUAAAGGCAAAACUGGGACUGUUACUCAUGUGGAAUGAAGAUGAUGCUGUUUUGGUUGAACUGGAUGCAAAGUAUAUAAAUCAAACCUGUGGUCUCUGUGGCGACUUCAAUGGAGUCCCAGUGUACAAUGAGUUCAUCAUGAAUGGAGAUACCCUGUCACCAUCUACAUAUGGAAACAUCUGGAAGAUGGAUGGACCAACGGAAACAUGCGAGGAACAGCCUUUGCAGGAAACACAAAAUUGUGGAGAUGAGAAUUUUUGCAGAAACAUGUUCUCAAGUGAUUCCUUCAGUGGCUGUCAGGAUGUGGUGGCAAUUGAUGCAUUCAUUCAAGUCUGCAUGGUGGACCUGUGCCACUGCAACACCUCUGCAUCCUUCUGCUUGUGUGGUACCCUGGCUGAGUACUCCCGCCAGUGUGUCCAUGCAGGAGGGAAGCCUGACCAGUGGAGAUCUAACUCUUUCUGUCCUAAGUCAUGUCCUCAAAACAUGGUGCACCAGGAGUGUGGAAGCCCAUGUGUGGACACUUGCUCAAACCCUGACAGAGGACAGGUGUGUGAGGAGCACUGUCUGGAUGGAUGCUUCUGCCCACCAGAUACUGUCUUGGAUGACAUCAACAAAACUGGAUGUAUACCACUAAGCCAGUGCUCAUGUGUUCACAAUGGAAAGAUAUAUGCAUCUGGAGAGAAUUACACCAGUAGCUGUAAAGAAUGCACCUGCAUCGGAGGUCAGUGGAGCUGUCUGGAGAACGACUGCCCAGGAACAUGCACAGUGGAGGGGGGUUCUCACAUCACCACCAUGGAUGGAAAAGCCUACACUUUCCAUGGGGACUGUUCCUAUGUCCUUUCUAAGGUGAGAGAGCAUUGCUAUGGGGAUGAAUUCACUGUUCUUGGAGAUCUCGUGAAGUGUGGUUUAACUGCCAGUGAGACCUGCCUAAAGACAGUGACUCUAGCUCUUUUUGGAGGGAUUACUGUGGUUAAAGUGGACCAAAGUGGAAGUGUUGAUGUGAACAGAAUAUACUCUCAGUUGCCACUAUAUACAGGAGAACUCAGCAUCUUCAAGCCAUCCUCCUUUUACAUUGUCAUUCAUACCAACAUUGGACUCAGUUUGGAAAUCCAACUUGUACCAAUCAUGCAGGUUUACAUCACUGCCAACCCCACAUUCCAGGGGCAGACAUGUGGACUGUGUGGGAACUUUAACAACAUGCAAGCUGAUGACUUCACAACCAUCAGUGGACUGAGAGAGGGCACUGCUGUGGACUUUGCCAACACCUGGAAGACAAGAGCUAGCUGUCCAGACGUGAAGAGAAGCUUUGAAAAUCCCUGCAGUUUGAGUGUUGAAAAUGAGCGGUAUGCCCAAUACUGGUGUUCCAUGCUGACUGAUCCGGCAGGAGUUUUUUCUCCGUGCCACUCAGAAAUCAGCCCAGGCAUCUACAAAACAAACUGCAUGUACGACAGCUGCAACUGUGAGAAGAGUGAGGACUGCAUGUGUGCUGCUCUCUCAUCCUAUGUGCAUGCAUGUGCAGCUAAAGGCAUCCAGCUGAACGGGUGGAGAGACACAACCUGCAACAAAUACACCAACUCCUGCCCAAGCAACACUGUCUACUCCUACAACAUGACAAGCUGUGGCCGUACCUGCCGUUCCCUCAACCAGAAUGAUUACUCGUGCCACAUUGACUUUGUGCCAGUAGACGGCUGUGGCUGUAAGGAAGACACCUACAUGAAUGAUCGAGGGGACUGUGUGGCUGCUACCAGCUGCCCUUGUUAUGAUGGCAACACUGUGAUACCAUCCGGAGAGGUCAUAAGUAAAGAUGGAACCACAUGCACAUGCAAACAAGGACAACUGCAUUGCAUUGGUAAACUGCAAGCCAUGUUAAUAACAUGUCCUGAGCCCAUGGUGUACUUCAACUGCUCCAGUGCUGGCCCUGGAGCCAAAGGUUCAGAGUGCCAAAAGAGCUGCAACACUCUGGACAUGGCCUGUAUAAGCACAGAAUGUGUGUCGGGAUGCAUGUGUCCCUCUGGCCUUGUCACCGAUGGAAAAGGAGGAUGUAUUAGCGAGGAUGAUUGCCCCUGCACCCAUAAUAGUGUUCUAUACCAGCCUGGAGAGACUAUCAAGGUUGACUGCAAUACCUGUGUUUGUAAGGACAGAAAAUGGCAGUGCACUUUCAACCAGUGCCACGGCACUUGUACCGUCUAUGGGGAUGGACAUUACAUCACUUUUGAUGAAAAACUGUACACGUUCAGUGGAGGCUGUGAAUACAUUCUUGCCCAGGAUUUCUGUUCCAACAACAAAGACAAUGGCACAUUCAGAGUCAUCACUGAGAAUAUCCCAUGUGGAACAACAGGCACCACCUGUUCAAAAUCCAUCAAGAUUUUCUUGGGUAACACUGAGCUGAUUCUGACGGACGGGAGUUACCAGGUGGUCCAAAGAGACUCAGGAGAGCAAAUACCCUACAAAACCCGCAUUAUGGGAAUCUACCUGGUUAUUGAAGCCGAUAAUGGCCUUAUUCUUAUAUGGGACAAGAAAACAAGCAUGUUUAUAAGGCUCAGUCCAGAAUUUAAUGGUCGCGUCUGUGGUCUGUGUGGAAACUACGAUGGUAACACCAACAAUGACUUCACCACAAGAAGCCAAGAAGUCGUUAUUGAUGCCCAGACAUUUGGUAACAGCUGGACGUUCUCUUCAAGCUGUCCAGAAUCAAUGGUUGCUGUGAGCCCGAUGCUUGCUGCGAGCCAAGUGCUUGCUGUGAGCUCAGCGGCUGCUGUGAGCCCAUGCGCUAAUAAUCCCUACCGGCAGUCCUGGGCUCAAAGACAGUGUAGCAUCAUCACAGGCACGGUCUUCUCCUCCUGCCACUCUCAGGUGGAUCCCUCGACUUACUAUGAUGCUUGCGUGAGUGACUCAUGUGCCUGUGAUACUGGUGGAGACUGUGAGUGUUUCUGCACUGCAGUGGCCGCUUAUGCAGCCGCUUGUAAUGAAGCUGGAGCCUGUGUAGCCUGGAGAACCCCAAAGAUCUGCCCUCUCUUCUGUGAUUACUACAACCCACCUGGUGAGUGUGAGUGGCACUACAAACCCUGUGGAGCUCCAUGCAUGAAGACCUGCAGGAAUCCCACUGGGCAGUGCUCUCAACAGAUACCAGCGCUUGAGGGUUGUUAUCCUCAAUGCCCCUCUGAUCAGCCAUACUUGGAUGAAGAUCAGAUGAAGUGUGUGGAGAGAGAGGCAUGUGGCUGUUAUGUUGGAGAGAUUCAAUUCAGCUACGGACAGAGUGUACCCACCAAUGAGUCCUGUCAGACAUGCUAUUGUUCAUCAACUGGAGUUCAGUGCCACUACGAUGUCAAUGCAUGCAUUUGCACAGUAAAUGGCCAGGAAUACCACUAUGGAUCAGUUCUCUACAAUACAACAGACGGGCUAGGUGGUUGUAUAACAGCCAUUUGCGGUGUAAACGGAACAAUUGAAAGGUGA